AUGUCCGCGCUGCCUCCGCCGCCGCCACAAUGGGUUAUCGAUCUCAACUCGACGCCGGCCUCCAAGCCCAAAAACCUAUCCAUACCAGAUCCCCCAGGCUACACGGCUGCCCUUAGCUCGAAGCAACGGUCACAGUCAUCCAAGACGGCAGUCCGAAAGGCCCCAACAACAGAGGAGAUGGACACGCUAAAAAUGAAAAAGGCAUGGGAACUCGCCAUUGCUCCAGCAAAGCAGCUCCCCAUGAACGCAAUUGGCACACUUUGCGCUAACUCGCAUCUCUAUUUAGGCAUGUACAUGACCGGCAACACGCUCCAGAUCUUCUCCAUCUUCAUGGUCUUCACGCUCUUCAAAACCCCCGUUAUCGCCGUGUUGUCCCUACAACGCGUCUUCGCUCCCUUUGAGACCCCCGGCACCUCCGGUCGACUUAUUGGUGUCAAGAUUGUAUAUGUGCUGAUGAAUAUGCUAAUGUUAGGGCUGGGAAUUUGGAAGGUUAAUCAGAUGGGUUUGCUGCCGACCACGAGAUCGGAUUGGUUAGCUUGGGAGGGGGAGAGGACGUGGUCAGAGAGAGCGGUGCCCAGGCAAUGGCUUUGA